AUAGAACUACACAAAUAUGCAGCAUAUUCAAUAAGUUGGCCCAGCUCCACCUGCCGACGGAAAUAACUAAACGCGUUUAACAAUAUAUUCUGUGCUGGUUCUUUUUUUUUGCUGUUGUUUUUUUUUUUCUAUGGUCUAUGCCAAGUGCUAGGAUCUAUCCAAGGAUCUAUCCAAACGCAAUGUCAACUGCAUUGCUAUAAAUUUUUGUUAACUAUUGAAAAUUUGUAUUUAGUUUGCGUGUGUUAAAAGUGCAUAAACCAUUAAAAUGCAAAGCUCGAAAUCGUUUCUAAUACGCGAUCUACUGGGUGACCUAAUCAAUCGUCGACAAACGGAUUCCGAAAUCGAAUUGUCCAACGAUGACUCGGACAUAGACAUUGAGGAUCGCUCGACGCCCGAUUCGACAGCGAAUGGCUGCCAGCAGGAACUGCUGCUGUCGCACCACUACAACCACAACGAGGAGUCCAGCGUGGAGUCCUGCGGCACAACCACGCCCGGUCCGGGAGCCGGCCUGAGCGCUGCUGCCGCUGCUGCGGGCAUGGCCGCGGGCCUGCUGGCCGCAGCUGCUGCCGGAGGCGCUGCCAGCGGCGGCAGUGGAGGCGGCGGCGGCGACAAUGGUGGCGGCAAUUUGGGCAGCGGCAGCUAUGCGGAGCACAAGCUGCAGUUGAGCAAGAGCGGACGCAAGCCGCGACGACGACGCACAGCGUUCACGCACGCGCAGCUGGCGUAUCUGGAGCGCAAGUUCCGCUGCCAAAAGUAUCUGAGCGUGGCGGAUCGCAGCGAUGUGGCCGAGACGCUCAGUCUAUCGGAGACGCAGGUCAAGACCUGGUACCAGAAUCGACGCACCAAGUGGAAGCGACAGAAUCAGCUGCGCCUGGAGCAGCUGCGGCACCAGGCCACGCUCGAGAAGGACUUUGUCGUGCAGGAGAAUGCCGCCGGCGGCGCUCUCGGCUGCUGCCCCAGCGGCCUGUCCAAUUCGUUCAGUGCCGCCGCCGCCGCGGCUGCCGCUGCGGCUGGCAAUCCGUGCAACUUCUUGACCUCGGCCGCGGCGGCGGCCAUUUUCCGCAACGUUGGCUACGUCCAUGGCUGCCCCAUGUAAAGGUCACAACGCCAGCAGGGCUUCACUCCGCCAAUCCAAUUCCACGCUUGCCUAUGUAAAUACGAUGAAUGCUUUAUGUGCAAUACGAAACUCUUUUCCAGCUCGAUCUCUAACCGAUGCGCGUAAUCGAACUAUCGAUUAAUCGGUAGCUGUCUGUCUACACACCUCCCACCUCUAAGCUCCUGAUCGAACGCCUGCUCCAAUUAUAAACCUUAGGCUUAGGCGAAUUAACUGUAACCGACACGCACACACACACACACACACACACACACACAAAACAAAUUGUACUCAUAUGUAACAGAAAAUAACAACAAUUGUGAACUUUGUGC